CAUGCGCGUAAUGAAGUGGGAGUGGAUCAAGUCGAACGCAUUGGGGGUUCUAGUGUUCAUAGUCGGAAUGAUGACACAGUGUUGUAGCCUACCUGGACCUCCGUUUGACCAAAAACAGGCAGACAUAUAAGAUGUUUACCUCUGCAACCUCUGUCUUCCUCUGAUUUAGGCAUUGCACGUGCCAACAACUCUGUUAUGUGAGGAUGGCUUUGUAAAAACCCUGGCUCUUCACAUUCGUCGGAUUCCCCGCAAUAUUCUCAACAAGAAAAAAAAUCAGCAAAAAUGGACAAUGAAAGUGUAGCACACAGAUACGAGCCCGUCGCCGAGAUUGGCGAAGGUGCUUACGGAAAGGUGUACAAGGCACGAGAUUUGAACAACGCGGGACGCUUUGUAGCCCUAAAAAGAGUUCGGGUACAGACGGAGGAGGAAGGGAUGCCCCUCUCGACCAUCCGUGAGGUGGCGGUACUGAGGCAACUGGAGGCAUUUGAACACCCCAACGUGGUCAGACUGUUCGAUGUGUGUACUGUGUCUCGGACCGACCGCGAGACCAAGCUGACCCUGGUCUUUGAGCAUGUUGACCAGGACCUGACCACAUACCUAGAGAAAGCCCCUGAUCCUGGGGUGCCACCUGAAACAAUCAAGGAUAUGAUGUACCAGCUGCUGCAGGGGUUGGACUUCCUGCACUCACACCGUGUGGUUCACCGGGACCUGAAACCCCAGAACAUCCUGGUCACCAGCGGAGGACAGAUAAAACUGGCCGACUUCGGUCUUGCCAGAAUAUACAGCUUUCAGAUGGCCCUGACCUCCGUGGUGGUGACGUUGUGGUACAGAGCCCCAGAGGUGUUGCUCCAGUCCAGCUAUGCCACCCCAGUUGACUUGUGGAGUGUGGGCUGUAUCUUCGCUGAGAUGUUCAGGAGAAGACCUUUGUUUAGAGGAAGCUCAGAUGUUGAUCAGCUGGGCAAGAUUUUUGAUGUGGUCGGGGUUCCCUCGGUGGAGGACUGGCCCCAGGAAGUUGCCUUACCACAGAGUGCCUUCUCUCCACGACCCCCUCAGCCUAUCGGAAACCUCAUCCCUGACAUGGACGAGCUGGGGAAGUCCCUAAUACUGCAAUUCCUGGCAUUCAAUCCCGCCAAAAGGAUAUCAGCGUUUGCUGCUCUGACCCACCCCUACUUCCAGAGUGUGGAUAGUGACAGUAAGAGUGUGUACGCUCAGCCCAUUGCCAGCAACAAGCCCACCAUGGAGGAGAGCGCUGCCUGACAGCCCCCCAGCCCAGGACGAGAGAGAGAGAGCGAGAGAGAUGGACACAAAGACAGAGAAAGAAAGCAACAGACAGACAUUUGAUUCUAAAAUGCAACAGUGCUGUCUUCCACAAUGUACUGAUUUGAAUGCUGCUUUUUAGGAUAAUUUUUUUUAAAUAAAAAAAUGUAAACAAUG